GCAGACGGUCCGUCGUGUCGGGCAGAAGAGAGACGGCAGCCGAGAGGUGAGGUCCAGUCCAGCGGAGCCACACGAGUCAGUCGGACUUCCCUCCCGCCGCCACACACUCCACCGCCAGGAUGGCGCCGACGACACGGCCCGCGGCCGCGCCCCUGCUGCUGCUGCUGCUGAUCGCCGUCCUGGGCGCGCUGGCCGCCCCCAGAGUCACGACCAACAACAAGAAGGUUCAGGUGCAGGUCAUGUACGAAUCGCUGUGCCCGGACUCCAUCCGCUUCAUCAAGGAGCAGCUGACGCCCGCCUACGAGGCCCUCGGCUCGCAGAGGAUGGUGGUCGAGUUCGUCCCGUACGGGAAGGCCACGACCUACCCGACGGACACCGGGUACAGCUUCCGCUGCCAGCACGGCUCCAACGAGUGUCGAGGCAACAAGGUGAUGGCGUGCGGGCUGGCCAGGCUGCUCGCGGACAACAAGAGACAAGUCAAGUUCGUCAACUGCAUCAUGUCCCAGACCAACCCUUCCAAGAUGAGUGACAAGUGCAUCAGCGACGCCGACCUGGAGGCCCGCGACAUGCUGGACUGCGUCAACAGCAGGGAGGGGCAGGUGCUCCUGGCCGGGAUGGGCGAGAAGACCCCCAGCGACAUCGAGUUCGUGCCCAGAGUGGUCUUCAACGGGGAAUUCAAACAAGCCGAUCAAGACCAGGCGCUGUCCAACCUGAUCCACGUGGUCUGCGACAAACUUGCGCCCAGCGAAAGGCUUCCCGCCUGUGAACGAAAAAAGAACCCAACCUCAAGCUGGUUCUUUUGGUGAUGACUUGGAAUGGACAUUAGACAGAUAUGAUGACUGAGACGGACAAGUGAAAAA